UCCUAAAAAAAAAAAAAAAAAAAAAAAAAGAGGAAGUUGUUUUAACAUUAUCACAUAUCAGAUUAACAUAUCAAGUACAAAUGUCUUUAGAGAACCUGUCAUGAUCACAUUUAUGAAAAUUCAGUACAUUUAUGAAAAUUCAUGUAAAAAAUUACAUUUUUCAAUAUAUUUCAAUAUAUAAGAUUUUAAAUGGUAAUACAUUUUACAAUAUCACUGUUUUUACUGUAUUUUUGAUCAAAUAAAUGUAGCUUUGGUGAGACUUUACAAAUAUCUUGCCAACCUCAAAAUUAUUAUAUGUAUUUUAUAAAGGGGUGGAAUGUAACCUGGACAAUAAUGGGUAAUUUCGAUGGCCCACUUUAGACAUUUUACUAACUAUAAGUAACUUUGCAACUACGUGUCAACUAACUCUCAUUAGAGUAUUAGUAGACUGUCUUUUAAUAUCCGCUAGCACUUUAUUUUGAUGCUCCCAACAGACAUUUUACUGACUAAAGUAACUUUGCAAGUACAUGUCAACUUAUUCUACUUAUUGACACCUAACCCUAACCUCACAAUCUACUAAUACUCUAACAGUGUCUAAAGUGGACCAUCGAAAUAAAGUGUAACUCAAUAAUGUAACUGACAGUUCUGCUUGAGUGUUCAGAUCAGUAGCAAUGUGUGUUAUCAGCAGCUUCUCUGAGAUGACGUCAGAGCUGUAAAGAAGUAAACCAUUAAAAUAGAAUCUAUAAAAACAAGACUAAGCACCAGAACACAGAGAUAAUAGAAACCUGUGUCUGAAGAGCUGCUGGUGAUAUCUAAACUGAAGAUUUAUGGACACUUAACGGCUCUACUUCCCAGACGCUGGUACAGUGUAACUACAUGAGUAAAUAAAACUGUAUCUGUUUCUGGGAAAUAAUGUAGGAGAUUCUGAAGAAGUCUGGGUGUUUUGGUUCCUCUAAAUGUGGUGAAGCUUACUGGAGGAGGUUCUUUAUUAAAGUCACUUGGUUGGUAUUCUCUAUACGUCAACGGUUUCUGACUCAUUGUGUAUGUGUGUGUGUGUGUGUGUGUGUUAUUUUGAGAUUUUACACUAACAACUGUGUAACAAAUGUGUUCCUUAUCUUGCAAAUCUACUAUUAACAAACCUAUAAAUUCACUUCAGAGUUUUAACCUUGAAAACCUCAUCACUGUUUGCUCGAUGUAUGUCUCAGUAUCUCCAGUACAUGUAAGAACAGAUGAAAGCGGUCUUACCUGUCCACAGGUGAAUGGUUCUCUCAGGUGUGUGGGACGAAUGUGAAGCCGCAAGCAAAUCCCGAUUCAAGACUCACUCAGGAAGAGGAAGUUAAAUCAUGUUGGUUUACCAUGAUGAGGUUCAGAGCUCCAUGUUGGCCCUGAUCUCAUUAUUUGUCAUUUGGUCACUACAUUAAGGAGCACGGUUUUGCAAUGCUGAUGUCAGUCAGAAUGACUCCUCUUAUUCUGAUCUUUCUGCUCAUGAUUCACGGAGGUUUCAGUGAUGAUGAUGAUGAUGAUGAUGAUGAUGAUGAUGAUUGGCGUGUGAGUUACAGUCCUUCACACAUCUGUGCACUAAAGGACUCAUCAGUGAUAAUGAACUGCAUUUAUAAAUACCCUCCUAAAUAUAAAAUCAAGAAAGUGUUCUGGACCAAAACACUGGCAAAAGAUAAUGGAGAGCAUCCAGAUCUGUCUGAGGACCCUGAAUACAGUCAGAGGCUUCAGUAUCUGGGAGAUGAACAGAGGAACUGCGCCAUCAGACUGAGUCAUGUGACACUGAAGGAUUCACACAUGUACUAUUUCAGAUUCACAACUGAUAAUGGUAAAUGGAUUGGUAAACCAGGAGUGACUCUUACUGUCACAGAUCUUCAGGUGGAGUCUCCUGAGAGAGUGACAGAGGGAGAUUCAGUCCGUCUGACAUGUAAAAGCAGCUGCACUCUGACUGACAGAGCAACAUUCAUCUGGUACAGAAACUCACAGCCAUUAACUGAGAGAAGAGACAGAAACAAUGAACUCCUGCUGCAGUCAGUCAGAAGAGAGGAUGCAGGCAGAUAUAGCUGUGCUGUACACGGACACAAUCACAUCUCUCCUGCUGUUGAGCUCAAUGUCACAUAUGCACCAAAGAGCGUCUCAGUGUCCAUCAGUCCAUCUGGUGAAAUAGUGUCAGGAGAUUCAGUGACUCUGAUCUGCAGCAGUGAUUCAAACCCUCCUGCAAAAAUGAGCUGGUUUAAAGGAAGAAUGUUUGUAGGAUCUGGAAGAAUCUACAGCAUCUCAAAGAUCAGCUCUGAUGACAGUGGGAAAUACAAGUGCAAGUCCAUCAAUGAACAUGGAGAGAAAUACUCUGAUGCUGUGACUUUAAACAUCACGUUACAACAUUGGAAGAUAUAUCAUAUAGCAAUUGUAGUAUCACUUUGUGGAGUUGUAGCUGCUCUCAUCAUUGUGUUACUAACCUGCUGUAUGAUCAGGAAGAAACUGCAGUCCAAGUCCUCCACAAACAAUUCUGAUAGCAUGAGUGUAAACUCUGAUCAUAAACUGAUCUCAUAUGUGUAUGAGAAUGUGAUGGCUGUUCAUCCCUGCACCAACACUCCUAAAAUGAACAUCCCUCUGUAUGAGAAUGUUACAGUUUAUGAGAAUGUUACCAGAGGACAGUAGAGAGCACACAGGAAAGCAUUGGGCAGAGAGAGGGGGUCAGGAUCGGCAAAGGACCUCGAGACAGGAAUCGAACUCGGGUCGCCGUGAACGCAUUUGCGCCAUAUGUCGGCGCGCUAACCACCAGGCUAUCGCUGCUGGAAUACAAAUGUUCUAGUAAAUACACUUUUAAUAUUUAACAUUUUGAAUUAAUUUUUUAUUAAAAUAAAAUUUAAUAAAUUAGUGGAAGUCAAAGACUUGUGGCCGGCAAAUAAUGUCGUCAUGAAAAUAUAUGGUUACCUUAUGCAUUGUGACUUGUUUGGUUAUAAUUGCACACAGUUCAUGCUAAUAGUUUAUUAGUGUUUUGUUGUUGUUUGUGUCACUGUAAACAUAUUUAUGAUCAGUGUAGGAAUACAAAUGUUCUAUUAAAUACACUUUUAACAUUGAA